AAGAAACACCCGUGGAGGAAGAAGACAUUAAACAAAACAAAUUUAGAAACUGUAUGUAUAGCUUCAUGUUUUUCAUAAAAUAGGAAUGAGGACAAAUGUUGCUCUUCAUCCUACCAGCUGUUUGUUCUUUGGUAGGGGAUCAUGAGUGGAAAAACAAAGGCAAGAAGGGCUGCCAUGUUUUUUAGACGUUGCUCUGAAGACGCCAGCGGUAGCGCCAGUGGCAAUGCUUUGUUAUCAGAGGACGAAAACCCUGAUGCGAAUGGGGUAACUCGUUCAUGGAAGAUUAUUCUAAGUACAAUGCUUACACUGACUUUUCUUCUUGUAGGACUCCUAAAUCAUCAGUGGCUUAAAGAAACAGAUGUUCCUCAGAAAUCCAGACAAUUAUAUGCCAUAGUUGCAGAAUAUGGUUCAAGGCUUUAUAAAUAUCAGGCCAGACUUCGUAUGCCUAAAGAGCAACUGGAACUUUUAAGGAAGGAAAGCCAGACUCUGGAAAACAAUUUUCGUCAAAUUCUAUUUUUGAUCGAACAAAUAGAUGUCCUGAAGGCAUUGCUAAGAGAUAUGAAGGAUGGUAUGGACAAUAAUCACAACUGGAACACCCAUGGAGACCCUGUGGAGGACCCGGACCACACAGAGCAAUCUGACAUGGACCACCUGCCGCCCUCCAGACCCCAUUUCAUCCUUGUCACUGUGAAGGAAAUGUCAAACUUGGUCAAUUACAUACUUAAAAAGUUGAGAGAAGACCAAGUCGAGAUGGCUGAUUAUGCCCUGAAGUCGGCCGGAGCCUCCAUCAUUGAAGCUGGGACCUCAGAAAGUUAUAAAAAUAAUAAAGCAAAAUUGUACUGGCAUGGGAUAGGUUUCCUAAAUCAUGAAAUGCCUCCAGAUAUUAUUCUUCAGCCGGAUGUCUACCCUGGAAAGUGCUGGGCUUUUCCAGGUUCCCAGGGUCAUACCCUAAUCAAGCUUGCUACAAAGAUCAUACCAACUGCUGUUACCAUGGAGCACAUCUCAGAGAAGGUGUCUCCAUCAGGAAACAUCUCCAGUGCACCCAAGGAAUUUUCUGUCUAUGGCAUCACAAAAAAAUGUGAAGGAGAAGAAAUUUUCCUAGGUCAGUUUAUAUAUAACAAAACAGGAACCACCGUUCAAACAUUUGAACUCCAGCAUACAGUUUCUGAAUAUUUAUUAUGUGUGAAACUUAAUAUCUUUAGCAACUGGGGACACCCGAAGUAUACUUGUUUAUAUCGAUUCAGGGUCCACGGCACACCAGGCAAGCACAUCUAGAAGAGUUGGUACAGAAGGCCAUGCCACAUGUCCAGAAUAUUCAAGAAUGCUUAUUCUCUUAGAUGAUACCACAGCCAUAGGAAUUGAGAAUUGGGAGUGGGAAGAAAACCUCAAAGUGGUUCAUACUUGCCUGUAAAAAGUAAAUGCAUUUUACUAAUAAAAAAUAUGGAAGUACAUUAAA